ACCAAUGGGGAGACACGCAUCCAACCUUUUGUCCAAUAGGAACAAGAAGACGCCGAGUCGUCAACGGCACUCGUCCAAUCACGAAACGUUCCUUAACACGGGCCCAGCCCACUGCGAGGUGAAGAGACGUUACUUCCUGCAGUUCUGAUGCUAGCUGAAAAUUUGACGAUAUAGAAAAUUAAGACCAACAUAAUUUAUCAGUAGAGGGUUUUUACUCUUUAUGUGUUUGUGAAAGUAUUGCUACCUGUGAUCACCAUCUCCAGGAUCCAUGUCUUUUUUGCGUUGGGUGUCAGAGAAACUCAGUGUGGAAAGCCUGAGGGAUCUGGAGUUAUUUGGAGGCCCAUGAGGACAGUCAAGAGUCUCUGAGCCCUCUCCCACACAGAGACACCAUGGGAAGCUUUCUUCCAGACAACAGCGCCUAUGAGUUGCGUACUGUCAUAGGUCGAGGUUUGGAGGACUUGAUGACAGUGAAUCUGGCCAGGUACAAACCCACAGGGGAGUAUGUGGCCAUCCGGUGCAUUGACCUGGAUUCCUGUACCAAUGACAUGGUCAGUUACUUACAGGGAGAACUCCAUGUGUCUAAGCUGUUCCACCACCCCUGUAUCCUCCCAUACAAGAGUGUCUUCAUCGCUGAGAAUGAACUGUGGGUGAUCACACCCUUCAUGGCCUACGGAUCAGCACGAGACUUGAUCAGUACACAUUUUACUGACGGUUUGAGUGAGCAGACAAUUGCCUACAUCCUGCUGGGUGUGCUGAGAGCGCUGGAGUACAUACAUCAGAUGGGCUAUGUUCACCGUAGUGUGAAGGCAAGCCACAUCCUGAUUUCAGCAGAUGGACAGGUGUAUCUGUCCGGUCUUCGGAGUAUCUUCAGCCUGAUCCGUCACGGUCAGAGAGCACGCGUUGUACACGAUUUUCCCCAGUACAGUGUUAAAGUACUACCUUGGCUCAGUCCAGAGGUUCUGCAGCAAAAUCUUCAGGGAUAUGACUUCCGCUCAGACAUUUACAGUUUGGGCAUCACUGCAUGUGAGCUAGCUAAUGGACACGUGCCCUUCAAAGACAUGCCUGCUACACAGAUGUUGUUAGAGAAGUUGAACGGUACAGUCCCCUGCCUGCUGGACACCACCACCAUCCCCCCUGAAGAACUGAGCAUGAAACCGUCUCGCUCUGGGGCCGACUCUGGGAUCUGCGAGGGCCCUGGCGCCGGUGGAGCUCGCCACACAAACGGAGAACCCUCAUCCUCCUCCGGUGGAAACCCGUACAGCCGAACAUUCAGUUCUCACUUUCAUGCCUUCGUGGAACUUUGUCUACAGAGAGAUCCUGAGAAAAGACCCUCUGCCAGCUCUCUGAUAGGCCAUUCCUUCUUCAAACAGAUCAAGCGCAGACCAUCUGAGGCUCUUCCUGAGCUUCUGCGUCCAGCUUCUCCAAUCAGCAGCUUAGACUGCAUGCAGCCUCAGGAUUCGCCCACUGGACUGGCCAGUCUGGAGUCUGAUCUCAGCCAGCUGGAUGUGGAUGACUGGGACUUUUGACAUUAAACGGAUGAGAAAUUAAGAGAUGAUGGAUUGGAUGGAAAGGGUGAUUUUGAGGGUGAAAAUAAAAUGAAUGAUUUUGUUGUGUUUUAAGGGAGAAAAAGGGAAGGCUGGUGCUAUGUGAAUGUGAGCUUCAAAUAUGUUACAAGAGACUCUGGAAUGUUUCUUGUUGUCUUUUGUGAUUUGUGUAUAUCACUGAAACUACAAGGAUAGACUAU